AUGGAUGGAGGAUCGACGGAGAAUCCUGAUAUCACUCCGAUGGAGAAUUUGGGAUGUCUGGAAAAUAAUAAUACGUAUUUUAUUUUCACAACAAUAAUAUGGAGCUUAAUACUUUUGCUGUCUUUUUUAUUGAACGCUACACUACUGCUGGCGUUUAUAAAACGCCCUGGACUACGGACAAUAUCCAACAGAUUUGUGAUGAACCUAAGCGCUUCCAAUCUGCUGACGAUAAUUCUCCUGCACCCGCUGCUGAUAACUGAUCACCAGUCAGCCCCAUCUGCAGUCCACUGUACCUUAGCAGAGGGCGCCACGGCAUUAGUAACGACAUCUUCGAUAUUCUCAGUGCUUCUAAUAGCGAUCGACCAAUACCUGGCAGUAAUCGACCCUCUCCGUUACCGAACAAAGAUCGAUAAUCUAAAAUGUACCCUUCUUAUUAUCGUAGUCUGGAUCCUGUCGAUAAUAAUCGGCGUUCUGGCCAUACUCAACACCAACAACAACAUCAAAAGCCACUCUGGGAGCCAGCAGAGCCUCUGGCAGAAUUGUCGCUCCGUUGUUGUUUUACCAAUCACCGAUGAUAACCCCAACUUACCGACAAUCGAUCACUCUUCCCUGUCUUUGGACUUUCUAACUAUCUACAACCUCGCCUACACAAUAAUUUACAUAAUAAUAAUCUACUUGGCUCCUUUCAUCACGAUAAUCUGGAUCUACCUCUGUAUUUAUACCGCUGCGCACAAUAAUUCCGAAAGAACGCGACGUACUGGUUCUCGGCCGGUACUUACAGUUACUAACUACCUUAAUGACGACGAUUACCUUCCUCUACGUUAUGAUUCAGACUCACGGAUUAAAAACAUAUCAAGUUUGUCGUCGAUUGACGAAAGCAUUGAGAUAACUAGUCAAUUACAAAGACACUUGUCGCCUUCUCCAAUCAUUGAAGAAGAUAUUAGUAGUAAUAAUAAUAAUAAUAAUAAUAAUAAUAAUAAUAAUAAUAAUAAUAAUAAUAAUUGUGAUGAUGAUGAUGAUGAUGAUGAUGAUGAUAAUGGUCGUACUCAUGUUAUUUUUACCGUUGGAUCUCAUAAUAAUGAUAUUACACAGUUUGAUACCAAAGAAAUUAACGAGAUGAUGGAAAAUAGCCGGCCAUAUAAUGGCCAUAUUGGUGAUUUUGAUCCUGAGGAGAUCAAUAGAGAUUUUAAUGAAGCUAAAAAUGAUGUAGAAAAUAAUGGGGGAAAUACCCGGUCACAUAUUGACCAUAUAGAGGAAAAUGGCAAAUUAUGGGAUGGCAUUGAUGAACCUUAUGGUGAUCUAUCAAAAGAUGCCACUGAAAAAUUGGCAUAUAUUGAGAGAAAUGAAUUUAACGAGCAAGAGCAGCAGCAGCAGCAGCAACAAUAUGCCACUGAAAGUGACUCAAAUGGCGAUGACGGACAGGUGGUACAAAAUGCCGGACCGAUGAUACCUUCGAAGAUUUCCGGGAAUCCCCGGCAAAAUACGCGUACGACUAACUAUAUUAAUAGUUUAAGGCACAGAAUCAGCAAUGGCUCGCUAUUUAAAUACCGAGAAGAGACUCGAGCUGCACGAAUCAGCGCGUUAGUGAUUGUCAUGGGGUUCGUUUGUUGGACGCCAUUUUUCACAAUUGUUGUAAUCAAGACUAUGGCGGUUGAUUUGGUGUACCACCAAGUUGACGUCGUGGGGGUCGGAUGUUUUUUACUGGGAACAAUUGUGUCGCCAAUGCUGUUUGGUUAUCGAUCGAGGAGGGUCAAAAGGGAACUCAGGAAGCUCUUUUGCUUCAGAAGGGAGCUUGCAUAUAAGAAUAAUAGGAGCUUGAUGGCUAAAAAGGUCCUCAAAAGGCGAAACAGCUCCUCCACCUGGGGCGUUGACAAUCUUGGCGGAGGAGACAAAGGAGAAAAACUUUCCAAAGGGUUUUGGAACUUUUACAAAGGGAAAGUCAAAGAACCUGCCAAAGUCCAGUUUGUCCAUGUUCCUGAGACAGCUCUUACAGUUGAUACCUGUCGCAGCAGCUUCUCCAGCGGUGCUAGCACCCAGAUCUCCAGUACUUCCACUGAUGAUAGCUAA